GAGAGGACGGGUAUGAGCGUGUGCAUGUGUGGAAGAGACACUUAUUCUCUUAACUACUAGGAGGCAGACACACUUUCCUGGCCCGACUCAAAGAAGGGGGAAACAGGGGAGGAAGAUUUUUCAAAUAUCAUUUUAAUUUUCCCCUCAUUGAAGAAUCAAACUGCCCUAAAGCAUCUCUUCCUGGAAACUCUUCAUCACUGCCUGCUGGAAGUUCUAUAUAUUGAUCCAUCUACCCUCUCACACACUCCAAGGCGUACCUCAUGGAUUUGUAUCUGAUUGGAUAUUUGAUGUGUGUGUGGUUGUCCAGCUCGCGGGUGCUUGGCGGGUAUCCCAUCUGGUGGUCCCUGGCCUUGGGGCAGCAGUACUCAUCGUUGGGCUCCCAACCCAUCCUGUGUGGUUCAAUUCCAGGGCUGGUGCCCAAGCAGUUACGUUUCUGCCGCAACUACAUUGAGAUCAUGCCAAGCGUGGCUGAGGGGGUCAAACUGGGAAUCCAGGAAUGCCAGCACCAGUUCAGAGGCCGCAGAUGGAAUUGUACCACCAUCAAGGACAACUUGGCCAUUUUUGGUCCCGUGCUGGACAAAGCGACCAGAGAGUCAGCGUUUGUCCACGCCAUAGCCUCUGCAGGCGUUGCGUUUGCAGUGACGCGCUCCUGCGCUGAGGGCACCUCCACCAUGUGUGGCUGCGACUCCCAUCACAAGGGGCCUCCAGGUGAAGGCUGGAAGUGGGGAGGCUGCAGUGAAGAUGCAGAGUUUGGAGUGCUGGUGUCCAGGGAGUUUGCAGAUGCCAGAGAGAACCGUCCAGAUGCUCGGUCUGCCAUGAACCGGCACAACAACGAGGCUGGCCGAACGACUAUCCUAGAUCACAUGCACCUGCGCUGCAAGUGUCACGGCCUUUCAGGAAGCUGCGAGGUAAAGACGUGUUGGUGGGCGCAGCCAGACUUCCGCAUGCUGGGCGACUACCUAAAGGACAAGUACGACAGCGCCUCAGAGAUGGUGGUGGAGAAGCACCGUGAGUCGCGUGGCUGGGUGGAGACUCUGAGGGUCAAGUAUGCCUUCUACAAGCAUCCCACCGAGCGUGACCUUGUUUACUACGAGGGCUCGCCCAACUUCUGUGAGCCAAACCCAGAGACGGGCUCGUUUGGGACUAGAGACCGGGUCUGCAACGUGUCCUCGCAUGGCAUUGAGGGCUGCGACCUUUUGUGCUGUGGCCGCGGACACAACACCCGGACUGAGAAGCGCAAAGAAAAGUGCCACUGCAUUUUCCACUGGUGCUGCUACGUUAGCUGUCAGGAGUGUGUGCGCGUCUACGACGUGCACACAUGCAAAUGAAAAGCUUGUGCUUUUUGAAAAACUGACUGGACUGCUGGACCUUCAGCCCCAUUUCAUUCCUGCACCUGUUCCAGUAACCCGUUCACCAGCUCACUCUGAGGCCUGGCUGGAUAACUGCUCCAAAAAUGGACCAACCCUGGCCUCAAAUCUGCAUCCCAACCAUCAGCAGCAACAGUCCAAUCAUGGUGCCUCAUUCCUGCUGGUUCCUCACCCUGCAACAUCAGUACACCAGCCCCUCCCUAUCCUUGUGUCCUUAUUUAUUUCCCCCCCCUCCAUAGUAAAACUUUUCACCCAAGAGAUUGAUGCAGUAAAGCAGACUCCCUUUGCCUCUAACUAACACCUCACUGGCCCUAUUUCUUGUCUUUUUCCCACUAAACCAACCUCUUUUUCGUCACUUUUUGAUCCUGAACGCUUACAAUUACAAACCACAACUUUUUAACUACUGAACGCCAGCAGAGGCAGGCGCUGAAAAGGCCACCUUUAGACUACUGAUCAAAUCCUCCGCGUUGCUCCUCUCUGCUGUUGGACCGGGAAGCCCAGAAGAUAAAUGCUACAGUUUGACUCUCAAAGCACCACAAAUCGGAAUUAUUACAAUUGGGCUGGGACUGGAGGUUUGCAGGAGGGGGGAGGCGUAACCCCAUCCACUGGCUAACAAUCCAACAUGCGUAUAUGUAUGCACUAUGCAGGCAACUGAGAGCUGUAGGUGUCUCAGCGCUGUAGCAGAUUCUUCCUAAAUGGAAACUUCCAGUUGUAUUCAACAACAGCUUUGUUCAUUCAAAAAUCCAUCAUUGUAUGAUCAGGCACAGCUGUUUUAUUUAUGCAGCAUACCUCUGUUAAGCUUUUAGCAUGCUUCUUAUUAACCAUCAGUGAUUCAUCAGGUUCACCUCAAAGACUUCUCUCUAAACAGAAGCUUUUAUUUUGAAAAAAAAAAGAAGAAAAUAAGAGGACAUGGAGUGUUCCGAUUGGCUGCUUUUUGACUCAAGUAUUUCAGAAGUUGAAUUUAUGAACUUGGAAUCUUGUCGGUGUGCCCCAAAGCACAAAUGCUUGUUUCUGGAAGAACACACUGCCAAGGAAUCCAGAUAUCUUAGCUCAGGCAUGAAUGUCGGCUCAAGGGUUGAAUGGAGCAGACUUCUUCUUGCAGAUUUAUGUCUGAGACCAUUAAGCUGAGGACUUUUGGGAACUUUGAGUGGAAGAUGGGGAUGUACAUGGCAAAAGGGAAGGGUAAAUGAACGGCUGGAUGGACAGACAAGGAGAAACUGCACGAAGGUGGAAGGAACCAUGAGAAGUUUCCAUACAUGUCCUGACAGUCCCACUCGCCGCCCAGUGAUUAUCUCCAUCUUUAAAAAACACAAGUUACCCUGUCCUCUUUGUGGCGCAGAUCAGGAUACGUGUCCCUUUCUGCUCUGACCCCCACCCCCGCCAAGCCACUGGGAUCAACCAUUCCAUGUCAAUGUCCUCCAUCCCCGUCCCCCCCAACUCCUGUUCUACUCAUUCACAUUUCCUGCUAUAUCCAAAGUUUUGUACAAAUGUUUUAAAGUGAAUAAUUCCCUUUUUAUUUUAUAAUCGGAAAUGUUAUGUUUUUAUAAAUAUUAUUUAUUAUACAGUGUAUAUAUCUGUAUGACUGAACUAAGAUAUAUAUAUUUGAAGAACAAAACUUGUCUC